AUGGAUAGCACUGGGACACCUCACCUACUCCAGCGACCCGAAAGUGUUUUGCCCGAUGAUCCAGAGUUUUCGUUUACCAAGCCUGCAUCCAGCAGAACGCCAUUUUCUUUGAGAAACAUCUCUAAGCAACCUUCGACUGGUUCAUCUUCGCUUGGUUACCCUCCAGUAUCUGACCAACCAGCGAACAAGCAGGUGGCAAGUAACCCACCGUGGAUCAGGCCAGACACGUAUGUAUCAGCCAGAUCACUGUCAACAGCACGGACGAUCGCUUACGACAGGUUUUCAUCGCCAGCGUCCAACUGUCCCUCCCCAGCGAGGCAACCCCUGCUUGCUAAGCCCGCACGUCGAGUUUCAACAAUUAGUGGCGCAGCAAACGUGAUCUCCGGCCAGUAUAGCAGUGGGGAUGGAGAGAAAUCAACCUUUGAGCCUGAGCAUCAUGGAGCUGUCUUCCAGGUGAAUGAGCCUGCUGAAGAUGGACGCCUGGAGAAAGACUUUGAAGUCCUGUCAGACAUUGAGACGGCGGUUCCCAAAGAAUCGACCCUCCCCAAACCGAGUGAAACUGGGACCCCAUUUCCCCGAGCUGCAGUACCAGCGAAAGAGCCCCGAGCUCAGCGUGGACACCAGGAUAGUACAAGUUUCCAAUUUUCAAGGGUACCUUUCAAACCGGUCAAUGUCCCACGUUCUUCGAGAAAGGCUGAGCUUGCUGAAAAGGAGGCGCCAACGAAAAAGGAGCUCCCGAUUAUCACCGGAAAAAUAAGUGGCCCGCUGAGUGAGAAUGACCUCUUCGAGCAGCUCAUUAUGAAGAUAAGAGAGCGUGAAGAAAGCGAAGAAAAUGCCGCAAGUCUUGUGCGGCAGAUCGAGUCGGACAACCGGGCACUGAGAGAAAAAGGUCAAAAUCUGCAGGAGCGAGUCAAAAAACAACAAUUACAACUUGUCAAAGCAUCGUCUGAAGCCAAGGGCCAGCGUGCACAGUUAGACCAGUGGAAGGGCAAGAUCAACAUUUUCAAGGGUGUCAUCCAAGAGCUUGGUCGUGAGUAUGACAAGGUCCGCCAACAAACAAUGAAUCUGAAAGAGACUGCGUCGUCCCUCGACAACGAGAAGAUCCAGAUUCAAACCACCUUGAGCGAUCUCAAGAUGCAGAUAUCGAGACACGCCAAAAUGAUCGAGGACCAGAAGGAGAAACUUGCCACCUCUGAUGGGGUGAUUGCCCACUUGAAAGAAGCGUUAGAUCAUUCAGAAAGAAGGGGCGAUCUUCUCAAAACCCAGCUUGUGGGCGAGAAAAAGCGAACCAUGGCACUUGAGACCUACAUCCAAAAUGAAUCUCAGAUCCAGGCGCGUCAUCUAAACGUUGUCAAGAAAGAGCAAAGCAGAAUGACCGAGAAGCUCGACAGCAUGUGCGAUCAAUUUAGCAAGGCCUGCCUUGAAACACAGGAUGUUAUCUUGUCAAAAGUGGGGCCAGGGGUCGAGAGAUGUGUCGUAUCGGUUGAAGAAAUGAAGAGUCAGUGCUCUGCUGGAACCAUCAAUGCCGAGCGUUUUGUCACAAGUGUACAAGAAACCGCCUGUCGCUUUGAAUCCCUAUCUGGUCAGUUCACAAGCGUUCUUGACAGAAGCAACGAGAUGAGCAAUAGUGUUUUCCGGGGGUUAGAAGAAGGGCUCCAAUCAGUUGAAAAAAACCUUGGCCCUUAUUCACCACUGGUCAAGCAGCUUGCCAACAAUGAGAACUGCUACAACAGUCUCCAACAGCAAGUCCAAGCCUUUGAGCCAAUCCUUGGAAAUUUGGGGGGUUCGAUAAAAGCUGUUGAGGCGACCGAGGCAAGCCUCAUUUGCGCCCUGCAAAGCUUCGGUCAGAUGUUGUCUGCGGCGAGGAUACCAGCAGGAAACCCUGUGUUGGAGAAGGAGCUCAAUGCGAAAUUUGGUGAGAACACACAAUUGCAACUGCAGCUACAACAGGUAUCAAGUGAGAUCGACUCUCUCCGGACGCAAAUUAGUAGUAAAACAUCUGAAAACAUGCAACUCCAGCAAACUUUGACCGAAUCAAUGUCUAGAUUUGAGCAUGAAAUCAAGGAACUUGAGACGGCAAAUAUUCAGACCAGGCAGAAGGCAGACGAACUGGAAUCCCAACUGCAAAUCAGGACCCAGUCUGAACACCUGAAAGAAGAGGCGAAAAAAGAGGCCGAAAAAGCCCUCCUGUUGCUUGAGCUAGAAGCGACAAAGAGGAGUGAAGAGGUUCUAACCAUGAAGCAAACCCUCAGCUUGCUUGAAAGCCGGUCGGCGGCCUUGGAGAAGACCGGGGCGGAGGCCAAUGCUGAGGUUGUUUCUCUCCUUCAGCGAGCCCAAGAAGCCGAAAGCUGGCAAUUGAUGAUAAGGGAGGGAAUCGCGAAGGUCGUGGAUGUACAGCCCGACGAGCCCUUUGAGACAACAUGGCAGAGAAUUGAACGCGCCCUUCAACACUCGGUUGCGCAACACACCCUGGACGGCAAAGUGUGUGCGAACGUUCAGCAUAACAAAGACUUGGACACAGAAGAGGAUCGCAAUGAUCCUGAUGGGCUGAAAAACCGCAACGCGGAGGCUAGGUUUGCGGCUGAACUAAGUGAAAGACUUUGCCAUGGGAUUGAAGACGUGAAGACAGAUGUUCAGUUACCACCCAACGCCUGCAACGUUUCACAUUCGUUGGGACUCGAUGACUGUGUUGACCCACGGCAUGUGUUGCCUAUCGGCCAUGGUAAUAUCGUUCCUUUCUCAAUUCUCCAUGAGAAGAUCGCACCUGAAGACGACGAUGUUUCACUGUUCAAUGAUACAGCUGAGCUGGAAAUGCUCAUGAUUUCAACACCCGAUCUUCAAGGACCGUUUGCUCCCAGGCAAAAAGCGCUGUGUGAUGAUGCAUCUAAAGAGACCCACAAGGCUUCAGCAACAUCAGAUAAAUGUAGCAAGUUUGCCAAAGAGGUUGAUUCUGUGAGUGACUCUGCCAAAAUCGAACAGUCCCGACACACUCCAGGAAACCCCCCUGGCUUGAUUGCUGACAACCGCGCCAAACUGGAGCAAGUCGAUACCAGGAAAAAAGUGGUCAGCUUCGAGGGCACGCAGGCUUUUGCUCGGACUGAAGUUGGCAGAACCCGACGACUGUCGGAUGCCACUGAUAACAGCUCUGGAAUAGAGUCAGAGAGCAAAGAGACAAAGCGAACUCAAAAACGCACCUACAGUCGUCUGCGUCAAUCAGUGGCCCAGGAAGAAACUUCAACUGAGACCAACGCAGGAUUGCAAUCAAUUAAAAAUGAUGUGGCCGGAAAUCCCCAGCAAGACCCAAAGAAAAUGGCUGAAGACCCUGAUGCACCGCGCAAACCACCAAAGAGAUCACGCAAGACAUGCGAUGAUCCUGAACGACGUCUCACUCCCAAAGGAUUGGCUUCGGGCAGCAGUAGAAGCAAUCCAGUCGGCUUGGCCACCAAUGCGCGAGCUCGGGCCAAGCGCCGCAGUCGAGGUAGAUAA